AUGUCCGCGGAGGGCGGCGGCUACUCGCCGUGUCCGGCGGAGGCGCUGCCGGAGCUUAGCGCUGCCGAGCUGGCGAUGAGCCUAUCGCCAAAAUCGGCCCUGCUGCAGCAGAACCUCUCCCAGCUGCAGCUCCAGCACUCUACGCCGUUUUCUGUCACCGACAUCUUAUCCCCUAUCGAGGAAUACCGCAAGUUGGAGCUCGCGAACAACCCGCCGUCGCCGUACAGUGUACCCUUGAGAGACACCGAGCGCCCGCGCUUCAAUAUGACACUUGAGGCGUAUAUGCAUAUGUCCAACUCUUCGGGCAGCAGCAUCAACUCGCCCCUUGGACCUGCGGCUUCUUGCGGCAUGGCGGCGAACCCGUACGCAGUGCCCCUGUACGGGGGUGCUCCUGUGCAGGGAUACGGCUGCGCCCCCACAGAUCUGCCUCAUUACGGAGAUAUGCGAGGCGCCAGCUGGUAUCCCGCCUCUAACGACCCCAGGUUUGCCAUUUCCAGGCUGAUGACCUCGACGUCCGGUGGCAUGGGCCACGUGAACAACAUGGGCGGGCUCGCAGCGUGCGCGGGGCCCGACGCCAAACCCAUGCAGUUCCCGCUUGCACAGCGGAGGAAAAGAAGGGUGCUGUUCACGCAGGCGCAGGUGUAUGAACUGGAGCGACGGUUCAAGCAACAAAAAUACCUGUCAGCGCCAGAGCGGGAGCAUCUAGCCUCACUCAUCCACCUGACGCCAACGCAGGUCAAAAUAUGGUUUCAAAACCAUCGCUACAAGUGUAAGCGACAGGCGAAAGAAAAGGCAAUGGCGGAGCAAAAUCAACACAAUCAGUCAUCAUCAUCACCGAGACGAGUGGCUGUCCCGGUCUUGGUGAAGGACGGGAAGCCGUGCGGCUCUGGUGAAUCAUCGUCUCCAGCACACAGUCACUGCGCAACCCCGACCUCUGGGUACAGUGCGCCCCAGCCGUCGCAGGCGGCCUGCAGUAACCCACUAGUGUCGUCCUACCGCCAACCUACCGCCUACCAGCAGCAGUGCUCAGGCUAUCUACCGCUACAGGGUAGGGCCUGGUAG